AUGUUCAAGACCAUCGUGAUCGCUGCUCUCCUUGGCGCUGGCCUUGCGGCUGCCGAAGACGCUCAGUUUGUGACGGUUGAAAAUUGCAACGACGAUGACUUCUACAACCCUCUGGGCUUUGGUACCAUCGCCUGGACUUCGGGGGCUUGCAUGGAAUUUGAUGGAGUCUACCUCAAGGCUGACUGCACGACUGGUAUGCUUACGGUUCACAACGCCUCUUCAUGUCUCAGCAGCAGCCAGAUGGAUUCGAUCACCCUGAACAACUGCGGAGCGGGUGGUUUUCGGUACAAGUGCAGUUCAGCCCCCGAGGACACCGUUGGCACGCUGCUCAUGUACAACGAGGGCGAUUGCUCCGAUACCCCCAACUUGCGCUACUUUGUCACCGACGAAUGCUUUCAGACUUACGUUGACGAUGAUGACAUGAGUUCCAUGACUGUUACCUGCGAGAAUAAGGAUAUCAUGCUGAACGUCUACACCGGCUCCGGCACGUGCAGCGGAAGCUUCACCUCUCUCAACGUGCCCGCCAACGAGUGCAUGAAGCUGAGCUCCAUCUUUCCCAGCGACGACGAUUGUGACUGCGCCGAUGACGAUGACCACCCUUUCUUCUCCAACAAUGUCGUUGCCAAGUGCGGCGCCGAUCUCACCGCUGAUGGCACCGGCAGUGCAACCACUGCCUCCGUGACGGCUGGCCUCAUCGCCACCGUGGCUUUUGUCGCCGCCCUUUUUUAACUGGGCUGCCUCUGCCGUGUCCAGCUCGAUGAAUGUUUUUUUUUUAUUAGACGCAGUUGUCUUUUUUAGUUUGACUUGUGAACCCAA